AUGUCCCUCAUCCACGCUAACGUACCAUGGUAUGCCGCCAUACCCCUCACCGCUUUCAUUGUACGAGGCGCCCUCGUCACUACAGCCGGCGCAUACGUGCGGUCCCGCGCAGCACGUAACGCCGGCCUUCAUCCACUAAGACAAGCCCUUGCCUUCCAGGUACGAGACGAGACACUCAAAAGACGUAACUUCCGAACACCAAAGGAAGCAAUGGCGCAUGUGAAGACAGAAGUGAAAAAAACGACAAGACAGCUAGACGAAAGGUGGAAACCGGGUUCAAUCAAGGCGUCGAUAUGGUGGACGGCGGUGCAACUGCCUGUCUUUUUUGCCAUGGCAGAAGCCAUCAGGCAGAAGUGUGGAGCCAGAGAUGGCUUGUUAGGGCUGGGGGCCUCGUUGGUUCACGGUGUUCGUGAUCGUCUUGCUGGGUUGCAACAGCACUUUUUCGGAAUCGAGGACGCUGGGGCUGGUCCUAUGGAAUCUGCUGUUCAUUCAACGUCCGAAGUUGAUGCGUUGGAUGACGCAUUUGAAUCUGGAGUCGACAGUAUUGCUGCGCGCCCUAUUCUUGAAGAUGGUAAACCUGCUGCCACAUCUACUUCUGACGUGAGCGAACUUGACAUCAAUCCAAGUCAGUGGUUCGAUCCAUCACUUGCGAACGAGGGUAUGCUGUGGUUUCAGGACCUCGUCAUCCCAGACCCUACUGGCAUACUGCCUUUCGUGGUUUCUGGGCUCAUGUUCUGCAAUAUCUACUUCACUAAGAACGUUAAUCCCGUCGGCCCCAACUGGCAGACGGCACUGCGGAGAUUGUUACUCUCCGUCAGCCUUCUUGUAGGACCUUUUUGUCAGGAUUUACCGGCCGCUUUGAUGCUUUACUGGGCUUCUAGUACGUCAUCUGUCAUUGUAUGGAACUGGUGGCUCGACUGGAAAUAUCCGUCCCCGAGCGGGCACACUGCUUGUAAGAGGAAACUGAUUAUGCCACCGGCCCUGCACCUACAAGAUGAGAUUCAUACUACUAUUGAGCCCACGCUCAAUGAAAAAGUUGAAGAUACUUUUGACGAAGAAACUGGACCAUCCCUGCGAACCAGGAGGUGGCGUUCCCGCGAUAUGGAGGCUGCCCUUGGUUUGACAACUGCCCAAGGCCGCGAAUUCCAUGAGGUCGUCCGAGACGAGCUGAGGAACGUUGGCCUCCUUGGUACUGUGGAGAGUUCAUGCGCCAUGCCUGAGUAUCAGGAGGGACUUCGGCAGGUGGUUACUGCCACGAAGGCCCGUGUAGAGUACCUGCAGGCUCUCAAUAUGCACACCGCACGGCUUGAUGAAUUAAUAUUGGCACGAGCUCGGGUCAAUAACGACAAUGAGAAGCAUAACGAGCGGCUAGUUAGGAGUGGAAGGGUACACGCACGUGCGGGUACGCCCAGACCUGCUAUACAGACUUCUCCUGCUGUUGAACUAAGCAAUGGGUCAUUGCAACAGCCUGUAGACAAAGCCGAUAACCCUCUCGCAAGGAGUACUACAGCCGUUUCACGGAGUGGCAGCGUUGCUAACGCUCACCCCUCAUUCAUUACCGAAACCACAAACAGCGUAAGCUCCACUGAGCAAUCCAGCGACACCAUCGAAGAGAGCAGCCUUAUUCCCAGCAUGGCGCUCGUCUCCGUACCUGCACCUGAUUCUACCCGUCUUGCUAGUCCAGCACCCAUAUUGGAUCCCUCCUCCACCUCCCACCCCACCGUCUUCCUCAUCCGCAUGACCCACUCCCCCAACGGCGUCGCUAUCCACACAUCGCAGCUCGCCCCUACCGCCCGACGCGAAUCCAGCGCCGUCCUCGAGCUCCCUGACAUGAAUUACGCGACAUUUCUGGACAUGAUCAGCAGCCAGGUUGGCUUCAGAGUGGACAGUCGGAUCGAGGCUGUCAUACCGAGUGAUAUUGGCACGGCCAUGUUGAAGAAAGAUGCUUUUGUGAGAAUACAGGGGAAUCAAACGUGGAUGGCUGUGCUUCAGACGUGGACAAAUGCUAGGAGGAAGACUUGUGAGUUUCUUGUUGAUCGUGCGGUAGAGGCCUAA